AUGCGGACAGGGAGAGAGGGCCUUAAGGGAGAGGAGGAGAGGAGGAGGGGAGAGGAGGAGGGGCCUAGGAGACAGGAAGGGUAUGAGAAGAGAGAGGGCAGGGGAAGUUAUGGAAGGGCGAGCAGGCACGACAGGCAAAGCGACCUGAGCAGGUUUAGUGGUUAUGGGAGAAACGAGAGGGCCGGGAGGUGGGAGGGAGCGGAGAGGGAGGGGAGGAGGGACGGGGCAGAGAGGGAGGGGAAGGGGGACGGUGAUAGGCGAUGGGGAGCGGUUGCGAGGCGUGUUGGGGAUGCGGAGGGAGGGAAUUGGAAUGGGGUGGAGGAGGGGGGAGGAGAGGGAAGGGGAUGGAGCAGAGAGAGGUUUGGGGCAUCUGAGAGCGAGGCGUGUGGAAGUCAAAGGAUUCCUGCUGCUGGGUACGCCGCAGCACGACGAGGGGAGACGGGUGGAGGAGAUUUGGGAGAGCGGGAGUGGGGACAGAGUGAAGGCGGGGCCAAGGAAUGGAAGCUGGGGGAGAGGGGCGCGGUGAUGGGGGGAGCAGUGGUGGGGGAAGCAAUGGAGGGAGGAGCAAUGGAGGGAGGAGCAAUGGAGGGAGGAGCAAUGGAGGGAGGAGCAAUGGAGGGAGCAGCAAUGGAGGGGCAGAGCGGGAAGUGGAAUGGUGAGAACAGGCGGAGGGAAAAUGGUGGCAUUGCAGCAGGGGGGGGAGUAACAGGUGGGACGAGCAGGGGAAAGGGAGUGCCAGAGGAGGGGGUACAGCAAGAGGGGGCAGGAGGAGGGGAGGGAGGAGUGAGGGGUGUGGCGGGGGGGGCGGUGCAACAAGGGGGGGCGGUGCAGCAAGGGGGGGCGGUGCAGCAAGGGGGAGUGGACGUCACGGGCUGGGAUGACGUGUUCUUUGCUGACGUGGGCGUGACAUGGCAGAGCCUGGGGCUGCAGGGGGAGGUGGAGGAGGCGAUGUGCAGGGCGGGCUUUGAGCGGCCGUCAGCAAUUCAGGCUGGCGCCAUUCCCCAGAUCUUAUCUGGAUCAGACGUGGUGGUGGCUGCUGAAACGGGCAGCGGGAAAACGCACGCUUACCUGGCACCCGUGCUGAGUCACGUGCUGACGUGGCGCGAGGAGGAGAGGCGGAGGGAGAUGGCAGAGAGGGAAGAGGAGAGGGCGGGUGAGGAGGAGGGGAGUGAGGGGAGGCUGGGAAAGGAGGGAGAGGUGGGAGAGGUGAAGAGGAGGAGGGUGGGAGCCCGCAAGUUUGCUCUGGUGCUGUGUCCCAAUGCUGCCCUGUGCCGCCAGGUCAUGGAGAUGGCAUUGUUGCUCCGCUCGCCACACAACCGCCCCUUGCUCGCGGUGGAAGCUGUAGUUGGCGGGCAGACGCACUCCUGCAUGCCGCCCGGGAUGAUGACCACCGUGCACCCGCGCUUGAGCAGGCUGGUCAGCACGGGCCGCGUGGCGGGCGCCGUGCGCACCCACUGCCAGAACUGGCGCAGCAGCGGCACACGGAAGAGCGCUGACGUGGCGCUGGCGUAG